ACUUUACAUUAAACUCGGCAUAAUCAUGGAGUGUCUAUUUGGAAUCACAGGAAAGGACUUUGUCCUCGUCGCUGCAGACACAGUAUCUGCCCGCAGCAUUGUAGUUAUGAAGGGCACCGAAGACAAAUCACGCCAACUCAACUCCAAGACGAUCAUGCUCUAUACAGGUGAACCAGGCGACACCGUCAACUUUGCAGAAUAUAUUCAGCGAAACAUCAAGUUGUACAGCAUUCGCAACGGUAUCGAGCUCAGCCCAAAGGCAACUGCAAACUUCACCCGUCGCGAGCUUGCAGACUCGCUACGAAGCAGACAUCCUUACUCGGUCAACAUGCUCAUCGGUGGCUACGAUGUAAAGACAUCUAAACCGGAAUUGUUUUGGAUCGACUACCUUGGUGCCAUGGCAUCUCUUCCUUUUGCCGCUCAGGGCUAUGGUGCUUACUUUUGUACUUCACUCAUGGAUCGCUACUAUCGACCCGACAUGAACCUUGAGGAAGUUAAAGACUUACUCCGCAGAUGUAUUCAGGAGCUGAAGACAAGAUUUAUCGUCAAUAUGCCGCAUUUUAAGGUCCAGUUGGUGAAUAAGGAUGGUAUUUCGGAGCUGGAGCUGUAAAAGAAAGAACAAAAAAAGCAAGUCUUAGUUUGGUCGGUACCUUCAUUGUCUCCACCUCUCUUUCUCCCUCUUUCUACAAUAUGAAGUUUGACUCUCUUUUUUUUUGGAUCCUGUA